GUACUGUACUAUUGUGAUGGCAUUUCAGGUCUAUAUAAUAGCAAACAGUAUCAAACGAUUCACUGUUUACCUAUCGCUUCCCUGGCCUAAUGGUCAGCCGCCCUUCUCAGCCCUCAACGCCUAUGUGGUGUUCAUCGGGUCGGGUGUAGUAAUGCUGCCAUUCUUUGUGGUGGUGGCGAUGAUGAAAGUCGGCAAUUACUCCAAUGAUGGACACAAAUUAGGAAAUCCACGCAAAUCUUAUGACACGUCUGUUCACAACAUCUAUCAAAAUAUCAAAACAUCUGCGAAAGAAAUGCGAAGAAAACGAAGAUUUCAUGCCUUGAAACUCAUUUGGAGACAUUGCCUCCCAAUCGCACCAUUCCUUCAUUUGUUGGCAUCCAUUUGUUUUCUCAUUCCUCGCGUUUUAAUGGAA